UAUUAUUCCUCUUACAUGAAGUCUAGCUCUCUCAAUACUAGUUCCUAUUUUUAUCAUUAGCUAGUUUAUAUAAAAUUAUCAUGGUAUCAGAGCCAAAACCUGGAAAUUUUAAUACUAGUUACUUUUGAGAUAUUUCAUUUUCUUUUUCCCUUCCUCUCAUAUCAACGUGAUGGUAAUCCCGUCUCAUACUCGUACUUGGAUAAUUGAUUCUGGAGCGAGUGAGCAUAUCACUUGUGAUAGUGUAAAUCUUUUCAACAUUUCUACUCACUCAUCUGAACCGGGAGUGAGAAUUCCUAAUGGGGAAUUAGUUCCAGUCACUGCCAUUGGUAGCCUGUACCUGUCUAAUGGAUUCUAUCUUCGUCGUGUUCUUUAUGUUCCGCAGUUUCAAUGCAAUCUGCUCUCCGCCGGUCGCCUCACAAGUGAGCUAAAUUAAUGGUCUUUAUUACCUGGAAUUACCUAGGGUUGAGAAUGUAGCAAUGGGAGCUACUCUUGAUUCUGAUUUAUGGCACCGGCGUCUGGGACAUGCCUCGAAUGGAAAAAUACAACACAUUUCAUUUCUCAAAGGUUUGCAACAGUGCAAUAGCUUUUGUGAUCCCUGCUUACGAGCUAAACAAACUCGACUACCCUUCCCCAAAAGUACAAGUAAGACUACUUGUUGUUUUGAAUUAAUACAUUGUGAUAUAUGGGGAAGUUAUAGAUGUGACUCUACUUCAGGAGCACGCUAUUUCUUAUCCAUUGUUGAUGAUUUUUCUAGAGGUGUUUGGGUUUACCUCAUGAAAAAUAAAUCUGAAGUUUGCCAAAAAUUGAUACAAUUUUGCAAUAUGGUAGAAACGCAAUUUGAGAAAAGAGUCAAACGGAUACGUUCAGAUAACGGAAUGGAAUUUCAAACCAAGUUUUUAUCUGAAUAUUAUGCCCGUUAUGGAAUUAUUUUGGAAACAUCGUGCACAGACACUCCCCAACAAAAUGGGGUAGUGGAGCGUAAACACAGACAUAUAUUGGAAGUUGCUAGGGCUCUCCGUUUUCAAUCAGGAUUGCCUAUUGAUUUUUGGGGUGAAUGCAUUCUUACUGCCGUUUAUAUUAUCAAUCGGCUACCGUCACCCGUCAUUUUAAACAAAAGCCCCCAUGAGAUAUUAUUUGGGAAGGAACCUUACUAUGAACAUCUACGUGUUUUUGGGUGUCUAGUAUAUGCACACGACAACAAACACAAGGACAAAUUUAGUGAAAGGGGGAGUCCUUGUGUAUUUCUCGGAUAUCCCUACGGACAGAAGGCAUAUAGAGUAUUUGAUUUGCAUAAACAAAAUAUCUACAGCUCUCGAGAUGUCACGUUUUUUGAGAAUGAAUUUCCAUUUAAAAUGGUAAAUGAGGGAGGAAAUAAUUUUGAAGAUAUUGUUGAGCGUGUGUACAAAAAGGUCGUGGGCCACAGCAGUAUGGUUUUGCAGGAUGAUCAUGGCACCGGACCGAGCUUCACCCCACAUGGCCGAACUUCUGAUCGCCACGCAGCAGUGCAUCGGCAUCAACCGGAACACCUCCCUUCAAUGAACUUGGAGCCGGACCACCAUCUAGAAGAGAUAUGUGGAUAUCCUCUCACAGAGGGGUACACACAUGGACCCCAGCAAUAUCCGGCAACUCAACUCCGGUCACAAAAUUAUUUUACUCCCGACUGCAGAAAAUCAGGCCCUAACACGAGAAGCAACUUGCGGAGAAACGAUGCUGGAACAGAUGUGGGGUCAGCUCCUCGUCACUUCUCACCCACCGAACAGCAGCCCCCUCCAUGUGCGGACCAUCCUGGAACGAGCAGCAUCACGGGUAGAAAUAGUGAAGGCACACAUGCUGGGCCAGCCUCCUAUCCAUUAGUACCCACCGAACAAUUCUCUCUGGAUGCACUUUUGGACUCUCAUGAGACAAACACACAAUCCACGCAAGUCAACCUUCCGUUUGGCCCCAAUGAUGAUAUACAUGGAAAGAAAAUUCUGGAACCGCAUGCAAUAAGUGAUUCACUUGAUGUGAGCAGUCAAACUCCUACCACGGUCGACAUAAGAAGAGGUAACAGGGCUAGACAACUCCCUAAACACCUUACUGAUUAUGAUGUUGACCUACCACCUUCUUUGGACCAUUCACGGUUAACCGCAAAUCGAGCAGUAAUGUACCCAAUGUCUAAUUUUAUAACUUAUGAGAGGUUUUCCAAUAAACACAAAGCCUUUUUGGCUGCCAUCACUUCCCAUGAUGAGCCAAAACGAUUUUCACAGGCAAUUUUAGUCCCAAUAUGGCGAGAAGCUAUGCAACGGGAGAUUCGUGCUUUAGAAGAAAAUGGUACUUGGACUUUGGUUCCACUACCGCCAGGAAAGAAAGUGGUAGACUCAAAAUGGGUUUAUAAAAUAAAAUAUAAACCUAACGGUGAUGUAGAACGCUACAAGGCAAGGUUGGUUGCCAAAGGCUUCACACAAGUUGAAGGAAUUGAUUUUCAUGAAACCUUUGCCCCAGUUGCCAAACUCGUCACAGUACGGUGUCUGUUAGCCGUUGCUGCCAAACGCAAUUGGAUAGUACAUCAACUGGAUGUCAAUAAUGCUUUUCUCCACGGAGACCUUUCCGAAGAUGUUUACAUGCGUGUUCCGCAAGGAUUUAACAAAGAUGGCGACACUCGUGUCUGUAAAUUACAAAAAUCC